AUGUCAGUGUUACUAUCAGAUUUGGAAACAUGGAGUAUUCAAUUGAAAAAUUUGACAGAAGUCAUCAUGUUUAUAUUGAGGGGCUUCACAGAUAAUAUUGAGUUAAACAUCUCCCUGUUUUUCCUAUUUCUAUCAAUCUAUCUUUUUACUCUGAUAGGAAAUUUGGGACUGGUUUUAUUGUUCAUUGGGGAUUCCCAGCUCCACAAGCCCAUGUACUAUUUUCUGAGUGUGUUGUCAUUCUUGGAUGCCUGCUAUUCUUCAGUUGGCACUCCCAAAAUGUUGAUAAAUAUACUGGCAGAGAAUAAAGCCAUUUCAUUUCUUGGAUGUGCAACACAAAUGUUUCUGGCUGUUACUUUUGGGACAACAGAAUGUUUUCUCUUGGCUGCAAUGGCCUAUGAUCAUUAUGUACCAAUCUACAAUCCCCUUCUGUAUUCAGUUAGCAUAUCAUCCCAAGUUUAUGUGCCACUCAUCAUUGCUUCCUAUGUUGGUGGCAUUUUGCAUGCUACAUUGCAAACAGUGGCCACUUUCAGCCUAUCUUUCUGUGCACCCAAUGAAAUUAAAUGUGUCUUUUGUGAUAUUCCUCCACUCCUCACUAUUUCUUGUUCUGACAUUCACAUCAACCAGCUUCUAGUCUUCUAUGUUGUUGGCUUUAUUGAGAUAACUACUAUGUUGAUAGUACUAAUAUCUUACAGUUUUAUUCUUUUGGCCAUUCUGAGGAUUCAUUCUACUGAAGGGAGGCAAAAAGUCUUUUCCACCUGUGGCUCUCACCUAACUGGAGUGUCAAUUUACCAUGGGACCAUCGUUUUCAUAUAUGUGAGGCCAAGUUCCAGCUAUGCUUUGGACCAUGAUAUGAUAGUGUCUAUAUUUUACACUAUUGUGAUUCCCAUGCUGAAUUCUGUUAUCUACAGUUUGAGGAACAAAGAUGUAAAAGAGGCAAUGAAAAAACUGAGAAAAAUUGGUUCAUCAAUAAAGUACACUUUUGGCAUUGAGUCAAACUGA